UUGCGAAGAAAAGAACACUCACCGGAGAGGCGGAGAUUCAUGGCGGUGGCACGGCUGAUACGACCUCUAAGGCAAUGACCACAAGUGCAGAACCGUUACUGCACUCUCACAGUGCUCGAUGACCUCCUAUUCUCAUCCUUACUGGUCACGGUAGCUACUAAAGUCACCUUGCAUUCUUUCUCUUGCGCGACGUCUACUUCCUCUCGCCGGAACGUCCGUCACCGUCGCGCGGACUCUGAUUGCCUAAUUCUCCUACGGCUCCUAAUCUCCAAAAGGAAGAUGGCGAGACCAGUGAUUCGGAUAACGAUGUGAAGAAAAACCGUAACCAGAAGAAGCGCGAGGCCCGGCGCGCCGUCCGUUGGGGCACGGACAUCGCCUCCUUCUCAACUCCCCAAAUCAAACGCAUACUCAGGUACAAUCAGAAUCAUACUUCCAUUUUUUCCGAAUAACAGCAAAUUUAUUUUCCCGCCGGCCAUAACUUUUUAUGAUUUGUAUGGAUUUGCGGAGUGGCGGCUCUCGAACAAGAAGUAUUGGACGCUUUAAUGUUAGUGAAGAGACUCGGGCCGGAUGUUCGAGAAGGAAAGCGUAGGCAGUUCAAUUAUAUUGGGAAACUGCUGCGAGAAGUAGAACCUGAAUUAAUGGAUACUUAGAUUCAAGCUACGAAAGUUGGUGAUCAGAAAACACUGCAGCAUCUAGUUAGUUUGCAGCUGCAAAUCAUGGAAGAUGAGGAUCAUGAUGAAGAAUCUGAAAGUGAGGAUGAAGAUCAGGUAUCACAAGCUCACACCAAUAUUGCAAGUAGAUGGUUUGAUGGCUUGAUCAGUAAGGACAUAACAAUUACAAAUGAAGUUUAUUCGAUUAACAGCAUUGAUUUUGAUCGACAGGAACUACGCAAACUUGUACGUAGAGUACACGCGAUGAAGGACAAAAGACAAGGUGUUACAGAGGAAAAUGAUGGGGCGCAAAUGGAUGCAGAAAUAAUGGGUGCCAAAAAGUCCCUCACCCGUUUCCUUAGAGCCAUUGCAAGGCAAUUACCAAAUGAAUAACAUCUGAUUACUUGUAACAUUGUCAUUCUUCUGUGCAAUAAGUUAAUAUUGUUGACCUAGGCAUAUGAUUCAAGCGUAGCCAAUUAAAAAUUUAUUUAUAUU